AUGGGUCCCACAGCCUUGUUCAUUGUUCCAGAAAUCCUCGCUGCUAUCAUCCAGCAGGAACCGUCAAAACACCGCUUUGGCCUUCCUCUUCGCCAGGUCAUGGGAUUCAAUAAGAAGCUCGUACUCGCAGGUCUCGCUGUCGGCGUGACAGCUUAUAUGCUCUACAAGGCUUCCAAGAAGAACCAACAACACCAAGUUCCUUACCAACCCAUCGCCGCCGCUCCUCCCAUGUCCUCGGGUCACAGCUCGCACGCCUCUUCGUGGGGCGGAGCUGCAGUGGGUGGUGCAGCUGUCGCCGCUGCCGGUGCAGCCUACGCUGCUCAUCACCAUCAACAGCAGCAGAACCGACCUCCCAACCCCAACGCCAAUCCUGCAGCGGUCGCUGCCAACAACCCCAACCUGGGCUGGGAAUCGCUGCGUGACUGGAAGCACAUUGCCAGCUUGCUUGCUGCAUGUGUCAUGGACCAGUACCUCUACCCGUUCUACACGUUUGCUGAUGUCGCCCGCAUCGCUCAGCACAUUGCCAGCUCCGGUGCGCUGCAACAGUGCGCAGACUCUUGGCAGCUUCCGCCGUAUCUCGCUCAGGAUCUGGUCAAAUUGGCACUCUUCGACGUCAUGUUCUUGCUCGACGACUCUGCCUCCAUGCGAUCUGAGGGCACUCGCAGACGAGACUCUCUGGCUGGCAUCCUCAAACGCGCCGCCGACGCAGCAGCUCGCUUUGACCCGGACGGAAUGGAAGUCGCCUGGAUGAACGCACCCGCGCAGCAACGCAUCCACAACGUCGCCGAAGCAGACCAGCUCACCUCUCGCUGUGCAUACGACGGUCGAUCCACUCCCAUGGGCUCCUCUCUCGAAGCCAAGAUUCUUCAGCCCCUUGUGCUCUCGCCUGCUACCCAGGGUCGACUGCAGAAGCCCGCUUUCGUACUCAUCAUCACCGAUGGUCGUCCCACAGGUUCGGCUGAAAGCAACAACAAGAUCGUGCGUGUGCUUCAAAGCGCCAAACGCACGCUGGCCUCGACUCGAUACGGCGAAGACGCGAUCUCGUUCCAGAUUGCUGCUGUUGGCAACGAUCGAGAGGCGCAGGAAUGGCUCGAUUCCAUCGACAACGACCCCACUGUAGGAGACCUCAUCGACGUCUGCUCGGAUAUCGCGGUCGAGUCAAAACAGGUCAAGAAGAGCACAGGAAUCGAGCUCACGCCCGAGCUGUACUGCCUCAAGCUGCUGCUGGGACCGAUCGACACGUCGUACGAUGCCAGCGACGAGAACGAGCAGAGUAGCAGCUGGAGUCGGACAGCCAAGAGGAGGCGGGAGAAGAAGGAGCUCGAGAAGCGCGAGAAGGAGCAGAGGUUCAGGGGUCAGAUGGAGACGUUCAAGAGGGAGAGGGAUGCAGCGUUGAACGGAGCGACUCCACUGCCUAGCGCAGGAGGUGCUUUGCCGCCACAAGGCGCGGAUGCUGGCUUGAGCGGAUACUCCCAUCAGCCAUCGUACCCGGCUGGGGGUCCUCCCCAGCCUCAAGGUGGGUACCCUCAGCCAGGUGGAUAUCAGCAACAGCAGCCAUAUCCUCCUCCGCAGUCGUCGUACGGCCCGCCCCCCACCGCUGGCUACCCAUCUGCUCCACAGAACACCAGCUACCCGCCGUACGGAGCUCCUCAGGGCGCACCACCACCGUACCCAAACCCAUACCAGAACCAGCCGCAGUACGGUCAACGCGAUAUGCAGCCGGGCGGAGGGUCGAGCUAUCCUGCUCCGGGUGGAGGCGGGUUUGUGCCCGGCGCGGGAGGAUUUGCCAUGCCCAAUCCUCAUUUUGGAGGAGCUGGACAGGGGCAGGGUGGAUACGGCCAAUACGGCGAGCAGCAGGGGCAAGGGCAAGCGCCGCCUUUCGGCUUCCCGCAGGCCAAGCCUUCGGGAUACUGA